ACUCGUCUCGGUCCACGGGACCGGGGCAGCCCUCUCUCGCCCGGGGAGGGCGGAACCGCGGUUGGAUCCGCCCAAGACUACCUGCGAGGAGGUGACGGCGCGGCCGGAGGAGCAAGUAGGACGUCCGGGGGGACCGCCGAGUAUCGGGAAGUGGCCUCGACUCUCGAGGCUUGAACGGGACGCCACGGCCAUGGAGGGAGGCAAUGGAAGUGGCCCAGGGAUGGCCAAUGACCGGGUGAAGAAUCUCCAGAAUGAAGUUGAGGGUGUCAAGAACAUCAUGACACAGAAUGUGGAGCGGAUUCUAGCAAGGGGUGAGAACCUUGACCAUCUGCGCAACAAGACGGAAGACCUGGAAGCAACGUCAGAACACUUCAAGACAACCUCACAAAAAGUGGCCCGAAAGUACUGGUGGAAGAAUAUCAAGAUGAUUGCCAUAAUCUGCAUCAUUGCUGUCAUCAUCCUUAUUCUCAUCAUCCUGCUUGCCACCGGCGUCAUUCCGUCUUAAGUUUCCUUCCUCCCACUGGACUUUUCCUGGUCUUCAUUCCCAUGUUUUUUUUUUUAUUUUGCCCCCAUCAUCCCCUCUCUUAACAACUGAAAUUCGUAAGAUCCUUUGCCAGAUCAAGAGGCCCAGGUUGCCUCACUGUAGGAUCUGCCAGUCUCCCCAACCUCCCUCCCAUGUCAGGACCAAAAGCAUCCCAGCUCCAGGAGUCGCACUCUCUCUUGGGUCUACGUAGGGGCCCUCAGCUGUACGUGUGAAUGUAGCAAGAGGAAGCAGAGACUGUUUCUGUUAGAUGAUCCCCACCCAGCAGAGCAUGCUAAAAUUCUGAUUCUGCCAGUGCCUCAGCUGCUGCUUGGAGCAGAGCUCACCCACCUUGCCAUUACAUCAUCCCGGAUGGAGAAGAAGUGAUUUACUGAAAUUCACCUGGCAAUAUAAAGGAGAGAUGUUUUUGAAAUACUGUUUAAAUGAAGAAGGGUGGCCAGUUCAGGUUCUCUAAAUUUUUAUUUCUCUCUCGGGAAAGUUAGCUCUUUAAGAUGUCAAUUCUGAGGUCCUGACUCCUUCAAUUGGGACCCCUGAGUGGCAUGGAGAGAGGCGGCUCCUCCUCUGGCACGUAGUCUUCUUUCAGCUACGGCCUUUCCAAUCCAGUGCCUCUGAUCUUUGAGGAAUCUCUAGGAGAUGUUUGUUCACUUUUGCAUUUGAUUUAUUAACAGUAAUAAAAGUAUUUAUAAAUCA